AUGAUAACGACAUAUUUGACCUCGUUAAAGGCGAGAUUCAACCCAUUCAGUGCAUCAUCCAAAAUUCCUCGGCUGUUCCUCACCCUCCUCCCCGCCGAUGCUCACAAAACUCUCAAGAUCUCCUCCACUGCACUCCCCCGAAGCUCCUCCGAACCCAGCACCUUGGAACUCGGAUUUAAAGACGGCAAAGUGGUGAAAUACUCAUGGGGUGCCGAGGCGCGGGCUUCUUCGAAGAAGGGAUUCGGGGAGAAGGUCACGCUAACCGAUAUUGUGGAGGAAGUUGACAGGCACGCAAGAGUAUUGGCAAGGAAGGAAGAGCUGGCCGGCUGA